AAUGACGAUUAUCAAUUAUCGGCGUGUCUACAAACAAAAUUAAAACGUCUGCAAUGAUGCACUAACGAUGUACAAACCUGUACCACAUCAGUUUUGCCUUUUCCAACCCUAAGCCAGUUAAGGACAUUGAGGUGUCCCAUUGAUAAAGAACCGAACAAAAGUCAAGUGAAUAAUUAUUGUGAAAUUCUAAAGCUCUCGGCUGCUCUCGACGAUGUGUGUCGAGUGAUCCUCCACGUGCAGUCACCCACCUCAGUGAAGGAGGAUUACUCUUGUGUGAUUCAGUACUGAAUAAAUCAUUAAAACAUCCCCGAAGUGGUAAUCGUCGCCUCGGUACAUACAGAGGCUCCAGUCAAUGCUCCAACAAAUGAAUAAAAAUGAAUCAAUGAAUAGUUUCGGCCCGCUGAUCGGAGCUAUCGAUGAGGGGACUAGUAGUGUCAGAUUUUUGGUAUUUGCAGCAGACAAUUCUGAAGUCCUGACAUACCACCAGAUCCCCAUCUCUCUGUCACAUCCGCAGGAAGGAUGGGUAGAGCAGGAUCCCCUGGAGAUCCUCUCAGCAGUCAGAGAAUGCUUGAACCAGACAGUUGUCAAUCUCCAGCAGCUCAGGAUCGAUCCUAGUGACAUUGUCGCCAUUGGGAUCGCCAAUCAAAGGGAGACGACAGUAGUAUGGGACUCCAGAACUGGAGAACCCUUGUACAAUGCCAUAGUGUGGAUGGACAUGCGAACAACGUCAAUUGUCGAUGACAUUUUAGGAGGCAUUCGCAAUCGAAAUAAAAACUACCUCAAGCCACUCUGUGGCCUGCCAAUUAGUCCUUAUUUUAGUGCUUUAAAGUUGAGAUGGCUGCUGGAUAACGUGGACAGGGUGCGAGAGGCUGUCCAUCAGAGAAGGUGCAUGUUUGGUACUAUCGAUUCGUGGCUCAUAUGGAAUUUAACUGGAGGUGUUAAUGGCGGUGCUCACACAACAGAUGUUACAAAUGCCUCACGCACAAUGUUAAUGAACAUCACGACUUUACAAUGGGAUCCAACUCUGCUAAGUUUUUUUCAAAUACCAGAGAACAUUCUCCCCCAGAUUAGGAGCUCGUCUGAGAUUUAUGGGAAUAUCUACGAAGGGACUCUUAAAGGGGUCCCCAUAUCAGGUUGUUUAGGAGAUCAACAAUCAGCUCUAGUUGGUGAGAUGUGUCUUCAGAGAGGUCAAGCUAAAAGCACGUAUGGAACUGGGUGUUUCAUGCUAUAUAAUACAGGCACAGCUAUAGUGCAAUCUAGACAUGGCUUACUGACCACAGUGGCUUAUCAGUUAGGACCAAAAUCUCCCCCAAUAUAUGCACUAGAAGGUUCAAUAGCCAUAGCAGGGGGAGUGUUAGAAUGGCUGAAGGAAAAUCUGCAUUUCUUGUCUGAUGUGAAGGAGUCUGAGGCCAUCGCCGAGGAAGUUCCAUCAGGAAAUCAUGUGACAUUUGUUCCUGCAUUUUCGGGGCUUUAUGCUCCAUACUGGAAGAAAGACGCGAAAACUGUGAUUUGUGGAAUAACUGAAAAGACAACGAGGGCUCACAUAGUCAAAGCUUCUCUGCAAGCAGUCUGCUUUCAAAUUCGAGAUAUUUUGGAGGCGAUGACCCAGGACACCGGAGUAACUCUGAAAAAACUCCUCGCUGACGGUGCUAUGUCGAACAAUAAUUUAUUAAUGCAGAUGCAGGCAGACAUAUGCGGUAUAUCAGUGGUCAGGCCACUGAUGAGUGAAACCACAGCCUUGGGUGCUGCCAUGGCAGCUGGAAUGGCUCAAGGAAUUAAAAAAUGGGAUGUUAAAAUUGACAUGUCUGUUCCAAGUGACGCUUUCCUGCCGCUGAUCACAGAAGAUGAACGACACGUGCUUUAUAGUCAAUGGAAAAAAGCAGUAGAUAGAAGCUUAAACUGGGAUAAACCACCAGACUUAGAUGAAAAUUCCCCUGCAGAUUGUCACAACGCCACAUCCGCUGGUAUCUUCGUAUUAAGCUCAAUAAUCCUGUUGAUAAUUGCCAAGCAUCGAUCAAACAUAUGACUGGCCAGAAUACUCCCCAGAUCGUCCAGUUCUGCUGGCCUCAGUCUCAGGGAAAUCCCAUAAGAUUUGUUGCCAAAUAAACAAUUUUUUAUAAGAAAUAUCGAGGGCUUCAUCCCAGGAUUAAUUCACCGGCUCAUCAUCAGUCAGAUGGGUCAUCAUACAUCUCCCUGGCUAUCAGGAGGCUCCAACUGGGGGAGCGCGGGAGAAUCCCCUCGAGAACUGUUCCUGUUCCCAUCGCUAGUCUCAUCAUUCUUCAGUAAUGAUCUAUUGGAUACCGAUGUUUGCACUGAUACCAUUGGAAUUAUCAGCCAGGGGUCUUCUUUUAUGGUCUGGAGUCUUGCUCUCGCCCUCUGGGGCACCAAAAUUUUAUUUAUCAGGGCUCUACAGGCAUAGGACACCUUCGGAAUUUUCGGAAAUGUCACUUUACUCUGGACUUGCUGAAAUUAUUAAUUUUCUUUCAAGCAUAACUUCAACUGAUAAUUCUGUUGCUAAUUUAAAUAGUUCCGCGCUUUUUUAUUUUGAUUUACAAUUGCACAGCUAUGAUGCAUUUUGUUUGUUGAUGAAAGGAUUUAUUAGAGGAAUGUACGGUAGGAAUAGACGAAUAAAUGUUUAUUUUUCAAGGA